UCAUUUUAUGGACAGAUCUAAAUGAUAUUAAGGAGGAAGGGCAAUUUUCUUGGACAGAUGGUUCUCCAUAUCUUGGAAAAUCUGAACUCCAUUCUAUGGCAAUGGUACCAGAAAAUGAGACAAAUUGUUAUGCUUUCCAGAGAAAUCCAGCUGGUCCAGAUUAUUUCUUCGUGGGUUUUUUCUGCUAUAUUCCAUUGCCAUAUAUUUGCAAAUAUGAGUUACCUUCUGUUCCGGAAAACUUCACAUUUAAAGUGCAAGAUAUUGGCACAAAUGAAGCAACCUUUUUCUGGAGCAGUUUGAAUGGUUGGCUUCAUUCAGGCUUUCAGAUCAAUAUUAAAUACUAUUUUGAACAUUCAGAUCAAUAUUUUGAAACUUUUAUGCUAAAUACAACAUGCACAAAAAUUCUGGAAUUGUGCCCAGGUCAUUCUUAUAAUUUUUUAUUAUCGGCAAGGAACCCUGAAGGAGCACAAGUUACUCUACAUUCAGUCAUCAUGAUAGAAACAAGGCCAUUACAUUUACACAAUGUAAGGGCAAUACAGGUGACAUCAUCAGAAAUAGUUUUGCAAUGGGAUAUUCCGGUGAGCUCAUGCAAUGCAUCUUUUCAUCAUUACCUGGUUAGCAUCUUUGAUAGCAAAGUAGCAAAAUGGGAAACAUUCCCUUUUGGAAAAACCAACACUACAACUGUUAUUAGAAGUGUCAAACCAUACCAUCGGUAUCAGCUAUAUCUUCAGAGUGUGUCUGGACAGGGAACUCUAAGCUGCUAUGAGGAUCCUAUGAUAGUAAUAACGGGAGUCAGCCCGCCUACCAAUGUAUUCAUCUAUCCAGAGGAUGUAGGAGAAGACCAUGUAAUUGUAUAUUGGAAACUACCACAAGAGGGCCAGGAAUCCUAUAUUCAAGCAAAGACUGCAACAUUCAAGGACAAAAGCAUGUCAUUUUUAGUGAACAACACAGACAGAUUUAAAAUUGAACACCUAAUUCCUGGAAUGACUUAUGAAAUAGGAGUGGCCACUGUGACCAAUGGAAAUAAGAGUGAUCUGCAUAGUAUUCAGUGCACCCUUAAACCAAAACCAGCACAAAUUGUCAUCCCAUAUGAAAUUCACAAUAAUUCUGUGGUGUUAUUUGUUCAAAUGCCUACUGCUGGAAUUGCUGAUGGCAUACAUGUUAUAUGUAAAGGAGGCCCUAAUGAAUCACUGACUUUAUCAACUGAUGGAAAAGUAACCAUAGAAAACUUAAUUCCAGGCACAGAAUAUGAUUUCUUUGUUUCUACAACCAGUGGCUAUGUGUUAAGUUCUCCAUAUCAACUGCGAGCUGUUAGAACAUGUCUUGCAGCUCCACUAAAUGUACGUGAAGGCAGAGUUACAGAUAUUUCAAUACAGAUUAUUUGGGAUCAAGCAUCUGGAAACUUUCAGCAGUAUGAAGUCAUAUGCAUGAACUGUGCAGGUACUUCCAUGGUCCAAAAAGUCCAAAAAGAAAUGGCAGAAUUUUCCAGUUUGAGCCCAGGCUUGUUGUAUAAUUUUACAGUUAAAACAGAAAAAGAAGGAUACAAAGACAGCGUUCCUGUAAGCAUACAAAUAGAGACCGAACCAAUGGUGAUAUGUGGUCUAAUGGUAACAGCAGUAAAUACUUCGUCUGCCACAUUAAUAUGGAAUCCAAGCAAGACUAAGUUCACCCAUUAUAGAGCAUCUGUAUCAAACAAUACUUUCAAAAAGGAAUAUGCUAUUUUAGGAACUCAGUCAUAUCACACCAUUUCAAAUCUGAUUGCUGGUGGGAUUUAUAAUUUCACACUGCAGAGAGUAAAAGGCAGUGCUGAAAGUGUUACUGCAUUUACUGAAAUCAUUGCAGAGCCUGAAAAGCCAGAGAAGGUUGAAGUCUUCAAUGUGUCAUCACAUUCAUUUUCUCUUCGCUGGAGGCUACCGUAUGGAUACGUGGAAAGGUUUCAUGUGCAUCUCACACCUCCUCAUGGCUUUGUUUCUAUCCAAGAAGUGGGAGGUGGGGAGUAUCAGGCUGAUAUUUCAAACACCACUCCUGGAACAAUGUACAGUGUGACUCUUUCUUCCGUUACCUCUUCAGUGUACAGCUCACCUGUCAGCAAAACAGUGACAACUAAUGUAACUAAUCCAGGACCUCCUGUUUUCCUUGCCGGAGAAAGAGUGGGUUCUGCAGGAAUUCUUCUCUCUUGGAACACCCCCCCUCAUCCAAAUGGGAGGAUUAUAUCUUACACUGUCAAAUAUAAGGAGGUAUGCCCUUGGAUACAAAAUACCUACACUCAAGUUACAACAAAGCCAGACAGUUUGGAAGUCCUUCUCACCAAUCUCAACCCUGGAACAACCUACGAAAUUCAGGUUGCUGCUGAAAAAUUGUGAGGCAUUGGAGUGUUUAGUGACCCAUUUCUCUAAACUGCAGAAAGUGCUCCAGGCAAAGUGGUGAAUCUCACAGUUGAAGCUUUCAACUAUUCUGCAGUAAAUCUGGUUUGGUUUCUGCCUCGACAGCCCAAUGGAAAAAUAACCAGUUUCAAAAUUGUGUGAAGCAUGGCAAGGAGUGGGAUAGUAGUGAAAGAUGUUCUCAAAGUGGAGGACCUUCUGUGAAGGCUGCCAGAAUGUAAUGUAAGAUAACAAAGUGAAUCAUUUUUGUGGAGUACUACCACUCCUUCAACUAAUCCUAGAAAAACUAUGUAUUUAUCUCAAGUACAAUUUCUCCUAGCAAAAUGAAGCUCUGUCUGGAAUGAACCUAUGUUUUGCGUGACUAAUCUCCGACCAUAAUACUUACCUUUUUGAAGUUCUGCAGUUACCACGAAGGGUUAUAUUGAUAGUGCAAUUGUCAGGACACCGGAAUCAGUUCCAGAGGAUCCACCUCAAAAUUUAGUCAAAAGCAACAUUACAGGAAAGUCUUUCUCACUUUCUUGGGAACCACCAACCAUUGUUACUGGAAAAUUUAGCUACAGAGUUGAGUUAUAUGGACCCUCUGGGCAUAUUUUGGAUAAUAGCACGAAGGACAUGAAAUUUACCUUUAGUAAUCUAAUACCAUUCACAACAUACGAUGCUUUUGUUGCUGCUGAGACAAGUGCUGGAGUGGGGCCAAAAUCAAAUUUAACAGUAUUCACACCUGCAGGAGUUCCAGGACCUGUGUUUGAUUUGCAUGUUGCAGAGGAAGCAGCAAGCUUCAUUAGAAUUGCUUGGAAGAAACCACAGCAACCAAAUGGAAUUAUCACACAAUACAGAGUACAAGUAUUACUUGAGGACACAGGGGAGACUCUUGAAGAUACAAUUCUGUCAGAAAAAGAUAAGUAUUUUGUUGAAUCUGUGGAUCCAGAUAUGAUAAAUGAAUAUACACCAUCUAUCACAUGGAAUAAAUUAGAAACAGUGACUAGUUCAUAUGAAGGUUCAGCUGACAUGUUCCCAACAGAGCACAGAUUUUCUCCAGUAAAAUUUACAAAUAUGCCUGGUGAUAAUUUUCCCACUUUCAACGAAAUGUCAGAGCUAUAUGCAGAUUCUGCUGAGCAGCUGUCAUAUCUUAUAAAUGGACUCCAACCUUUCACUAAAUAUGCAAUUGCUGUAUCUGCUUUUACCAUCAUUGGAGAAGGACCAUCAGCUAUUCUCAUUGCUAGAACGAGUGAACAAGUUCCAAGCUCUGUAGAAAAUAUAAAUUAUAAAAAUAUUAGUUCAUCCUCAAUUUUGUUGUAUUGGGAUGUACCAGUGAAUCCCAAUGGAGAAAUCACACACUACACAGUUUAUGCAAUGGAGUUGGAUACAAACAGAGCUUUUCACAUGACCACGUCAAAUAACAGCAUCUUGAUUACAGGCUUGAGAAAGUAUACAGAUUAUAAAAUGAGAGUAGCAGCCUCCACAACUAUAGGAGAAAGUGCUCUGUCGGAAGACAAUGAUAUUUUUGUGACAACUCCUGAAGAUGAGCCUGAUUCACCACCACAGAAUGUUGAAAUAUUAGAAGUGACUGCCACAGAAAUAGGCUUAAAAUGGUCACCUCCAGAAAAGCCCAAUGGGAUCAUAACACACUAUGAAAUUAUGUAUGAUGAUGCCAGCACUUUAAUUUUUAAAAAUACCACAGCAACAAAUCUUCUUCUAAAUGGCUUGAAACCAUAUACUCUGUAUAACAUUUCUGUGAGGGCUUUUACCCGGCUUGGUCAUGGGAAUCAGUCGUCUGCCCUGUUAUCUGUAAGAACAGCUGAAACUGUACCUGAGUUUCCACCACAAAACAUAACCUACAGGAACAUAUCUUCUUCAGAAAUAGAAUUAUCUUAUGAACCUCCUUCUGUCCCCAAUGGGAUUAUUGAGAGCUAUACUAUAUACCUCAGAGAAACUGAUGGAACUGAGGAAAGAAUCAUCAAUACCACAAAUUUGUCAUUGACUAUUUCAGGUUUAAAAAUAUAUACAAGAUACAUAGCUGAAAUAUCUUCAAGUACUGCAAAAGGAGAAGGUGCUCGCAGUGUACCUCUGAAUAUACUGACUGAUGAAGAUGUUCCUAGUUCUCCUCCACAAUUGCUCACUGUAAAACAGUUGGCUGGUGUCACUGUGAAAUUGUCAUGGCAACCUCCGCUGGAGCCAAAUGGAAUUAUCCUCUAUUACACAGUUUAUAUCUGGAACCUAAUGUCAAGAAGUAUUAAUGUGACAGAAACAUCAUUAGAGAUCACAGAUCUCGAAUAUAACAGUGAAUAUAAUGUUUAUGUAACAGCAAGUACCAGAUUUGGUGAUGGAAACAUGAAGAGUAUCAUGACUGUGUUCAGAACCUCUGAAGGAGCUCCAAGUGAUCCACCUAGAAAUGUGUGGUAUAAAAAUCUCACUUCUUCAUCAAUACAAAUCUUCUGGGAUCCUCCUCAAAAGCCAAAUGGAGUCAUACAGUUUUAUACGAUAUACUACAAAAAUGAUUCCAACACUUAUAUACAGAAUUUCACCAAUUAUUCUACUGAUAGUGGUGCUGAUAAUACAAGUUUGUCUACAGUAUUAAAUGACUUAGCAAAAUGGAGUCACUACACACUUUGGCUAACUGCAAGCACAACCAUUGGCAAUGGAAACCAAACCAGUGAUAUAAUGCAAUUGUACACAGAUCAAGAUAUUCCUGAUGGACCUAUUGAACAACUGGCCUAUCAAAAUGUUUCUUCCACUGCUGUAAAUAUAAGUUGGAUGCCCCCAAUCCAGCCAAAUGGAGUUGUCUUCUAUAAUGUUUCACUAGAGAUACAGGAUGCUCAAGGAAACCCUGAGAUUUGGUCAUUCAUUUCAUAUGAUACAAAUGUGAUUAUUAAUCAGCUAGAAAAAUAUACCAGUUACCUUCUAAACAUCACUCCAGCAACAGAAAAAGGGCCAUCUGACAUACACACCACUAGUUUGUACAUCACAACUGAAGAAGAUGUUCCAGAUUCUGCACCUGUUAUGAAAUCAUACAAAAACCUUUCAUCUACCUCAGUAAUGUUAUCCUGGGAUCCUCCAGUCCAGCCAAAUGGCAUCAUAAUAAGCUAUGACUUAAAGCUACAGGGCCCAGAAAGAAAUGAAUCUUUCACUACCUCCAAUAAUUCAAUCAUUUUAGAAGAUCUUUCACCCUUUACACUGUACAGUUUUUUUGCUUCUGCAAGAACUAUAAAAGGACUUGGGCCGUGUGCUGUACUAAUGUUCUCCACAGAUGAGUCAGUUCCACUGGCUCCUCCUGAGAAUCUGACAAUCAUUAAUUACACAUCUAACUCUGUGUGGCUGGAAUGGAAUCCAAGCCCUCAACCAAACGGUAUUAUUAGAACAUAUGUUUUCAACAUUUUUGACAACAGUAGUCAAACGACAUAUUAUCAAAACAUUUCAGGUUCUCACAAUGAAACUAAUAUUCUUGGACUAGAACCAUUCAGCAUUUAUUUCAUCAGCGUUUCUGCAUUCACAAAAGUUGGAAAUGGCAAUCAAUACAGUAAUGUUGUACAGUUCACAACAAUGGAAUCAGCUCCAGAUAUUGUCCAGAAUAUCCAGUGCACUGCAACCAGCUGGCAGUUAGUUCUAAUCCAGUGGGACCCUCCUUUGAAGAAAAAUGGGAUUAUUACCCAUUACAUCAUAACGUUUGGAAAGAAUUCAACCAUCAUAUCUUCCACUAAUGAAACAGUGCAUACUUUCAGAGACUUGUUAUCAAAUACCUCUUACCAGUUUAAAAUAAAAGCUGCAACAGCUGCAGGGGAAGGCGAAGAACAGACAUGCAAUGCCAGCACAUUUCCAGAAAAAGCUCCCAGUGCUCCAAGAGAGAUAGCUUUUUCAAAUGUACAAGCAACAAGUGUGACCUUGAGGUGGCGAAUGCCAGCUACUAUCUUUGGCUACUUUCAAAACUACAGGAUUACUACACAGUUACGCUCUACUUAUUGUGAUAACUGGGAAGCUGAAUGCAUUGAAUAUGAGAAAGAGCAAUAUUCACAUCUUGUUGGUGCUCUUACAGAAGAAACAGUUUAUGAUCUUAAAAAAUUCAGAUGGUACAGAUUUAAAGUUUCGGCAAGUACAAAUGCUGGAUAUGGUGGUUCCACACCUUGGAUUUCUACACAAACUCUUUCUGGAUCUCCAGAUGCUCCUCCAGAAAAUGUAACUGCAGUAGUUACAUCUCCUUACAGUAUUAAUAUUAGUUGGAAUGAGCCUCUCAUCCUAACUGGACCAACAUUCUACCUCAUUGACAUUACCUCAGUGGAUACAGAUGACUAUAAAGCUUCAUUUGUCAAAACAAAUGAUGAGGAAAAAACUCUUGCUGUUUCCGGUUUAAGGGCAUUUACAAGAUAUUCUGUAGUGGUCACUGCGUUUACAGGAGAUAUACAUUCUGCACACACUGAAGGCAAACUUAGCACUGCAGUUAUUGUUUCCACAUCUGAAGCAGUACCCAGAGACCCACUUAACAAUGUAACAUUUCAGAAGAUACCCAAUGAAGUAACAAAAUUUCAGGUGACAUUUAUACCACCAUCUGAACUCAGUGGUAUAUUCAAGUAUAUCAAGCAAUGGCUACAAGAAGAUGACCCAACUAUCUUCCAAAUCUAUAAUUUAACUGUUAUCGGACCGAACAAACAAGUCAGUUACUGCCUGAUAGAGGGACUAAAAGGAGGUAUACAUAUAUAUCAGUGUUAUGCACUCAAUGGUGCUGGUGCAGGGCCAAAGAUCCAACUUAAAAUCACAACAGACAUGAAAGAACCACCAAGGCCUAGUAAGAAGCCAAUGCCAGUAUAUGAUACUAGUGGAACAUUACUUGUGACUUCUACAACAAUUACUAUCCGUAUGCCAGUUUGUUACUUAGUGAUAUCUGGACCCAUCAAGAAAAUACAAAUUCUAGUUGCAGAAGUAGGAGUUCAGCAUGAUGGCAAUGUAACCAAGUGGUAGUGCCUACUCAAGAAGCCAAGGCCCUAUUUUGUUAAUGAGGGUUUUCCAAACCCUCCAUGCAUUGAAGGAAAUGAAGGGCUGCCCAGCAGGAAGAUGUAUAUGUAAUGGGGCUGACAGUACAUGUAUGUACCAGGAAGUGAAGAAAAAAUUUGUAAUGGUCCUAAGCCCAGAAAGCAGUACUUAUUUAAAUUCAGAGACAAUAUCAAAGGCAGUUUUACAGAUUCAGACUCUGACCCCAUCAAAACUUUAGGUGAUGGACUGUCUGAAAGAGCUGUAGAAAAUAAUACUUGCGUUACUUUGUGCAUUUGUCUAAUUCGCCAAAAGCAAAAAGAAGGGGGCACAUACUCUCCACGGGAUGCAGAAAUUAUUGACACUAAAUUCAAACUAGAUCAGUUAAUCACAGUGGCAGACCUGGAAAUGAAGGAUGAGAGAUUUACACGGUUACUUAGUUAUAGAAAAUCCAUCAAGCCUAUAGGCAAGAAAUGUUUUCUACAACAUGUUGAAGAGCUUUGUGCAAACAACAACCUAAAGUUUCAGGAAGAAUUUUCGGAACUUCCCAAGUUUCUUCCAGAUCUUGCCUCAACUGAUGCCGAUCUUCCUUGGAACAGGUCUAAAAACCGUUUCCCAAACAUCAAGCCAUAUAACAACAACCGGGUGAAGCUAAUGCCUGAUGCAAGUAUACCUGGAUCUGAUUACAUCAAUGCCAGCUAUGUUUCUGGUUAUUUAUGUCCAAAUGAAUUUAUUGCAACUCAAGGACCACUCCCAGGCACAGUAGGAGAUUUCUGGAGAAUGGUAUGGGAAACACGAGCAAAAACCCUUGUUAUGCUAUCUCAGUGUUUUGAAAAAGGACGAAUAAGAUGUCACCAGUACUGGCCUGAAGACAACAUACCAGUGACUGUUUUUGGAGAUAUAGUGAUUACCAAAUUAGUUGAAGACAUUCAAAUAGACUGGACCAUAAGGGAUUUGAAAAUUGAAAGGCAUGGGGAUUGCAUGAUGGUGCGUCAGUGUAACUUUACUGCUUGGCCAGAACAUGGAGUACCUGAAGCAAGUGCAUCAUUGGUCCAUUUUGUAAAGCUAAUUCGUGCCAGCCGAGCACAUGACAGUACACCCAUAGUUGUUCAUUGCAGUGCUGGAGUUGGAAGAACAGGCAUUUAUAUCGCCCUUGAUCAUUUAACGCAGCAUAUAAAUGACCAUGACUUUGUGGAUAUCUAUGGACUUGUAGCUGAGCUGCGAAGUGAAAGGAUGUGUAUGGUUCAAAAUCUGGCACAAUAUAUAUUUUUGCACCAGUGUGUUUUGGACUUAUUGACAAUCAAGCGGAGCAGCCAGCCUGUAUGUUUUGUUAAUUAUUCAGUACUGCAAAAGAUGGAUUCUUUGGAUGCCAUGGAAGGUGAUGUAGAACUAGAAUGGGAAGAAACCACCAUGUAAAAAUAUGGGCAAGAAACAAAUUGAAUUUUUAAACAACAGAGGCCAAAACAUAUCCCAUUCUUACAGUUAACUGAAAGCAAAGUGUAAUUUUUGUAGAAAAAAGAAAAGAAAAAAGAAAUUAUACUUUAUACUUUUUUAAUAUGUCUUCACAAAUACUAUAAGUACUAAAAAUAUUGAAAUGACAUUGAAUAUGGGCAACAGCUCUUUGGUCUGAUCCAGCAGGUAUUUUCCUUAUCAUCUGGUUGUUGUUGUAGUUUUAAUUAGAAAUUAACAAGAAUGUGGAAGAAAUAUAAAACAGCAGCACCCCCAUGUCUCAUGUCAUAUCUAAUUUCACCUUUAAAGCUGCUUUUCAAAUUAAGCUGUGACAAAAGCAUCUGUUUCUCUACAUAUAUACAAAUGGGAGUUGUUACCAGUCAUUUUGUGCAGACCUCCAUAAUCAUCAUUGCCAUUAUUUUACAUCAGUUCCUUAGUUAAGUAUACUGUGCAUAACUAAAUAAACCAUCCUGGCCUGAACCCCCCCCCCCCAAACUUGAUGGAAGCAUCAUUCACCUGUGCUUGAUAGCCAGCAGUGUAGGCCUCCUUCUUCCUAAGCAGCUGAUGCCCAUUGAAGUAAAUUGGGGGAGGGUUGUGUCAAUAGUAUCACAACUGUGAUCAAGUAGCACUUGUGAAUACA